AUGGACGCUUUCACUCCGCAGCAGACGAUCGAGUUGGUCUCGAGAAUAGGAACUAAGAAAGCUCAUAUGCGGCUCGACAAGCUGUUCUUCAAUAGCGUAGCUACAGGUCCGUUUGUCGGCUUUGGAGGGGCAUGGCUCCUUUCAACCAACGCCGCUCCCUGGUAUCAGGAGAAUGCCCCAGGCCUUAUCCGCACACUGGGUGGCUUCGUGUUCCCUGUCGCCCUGAUCAUGAUCGUUCUCAGCGGUAGCGACUUAUUCACCAGCAACAUCAUGUUCAUGACGACAGCUCUGCUCCAUCGGCGGAUCACCCUCAAAGACCUCGCAAUAAACUGGUUUGUCUCGUUCUUCGGCAACCUCGCCGGUACCUUAUUCUUCGUGACCGUCAUCACUGGCUAUGGCGGCGUCUUCGAGGAGUCCCAAGCGUACACCGACGCAGCGAUUCGAUUGGCGACGCAGAAGGCGGUCAACCCAGGCUGGCAUCAGAUCUUCCUACGUGCGAUAGGCGCGAACUGGCUUGUCUGUUUUGCCGUAUUUACGAGUAUUAGUAGUCGCGAGAUUGCAAGUAAGAUACUGGCGAUAUGGUGGCCAUGUGCAUGUUUCGUUGGGCUGGCGCUCGAUCACGUCGUUGCAAAUAUGUUCUUUAUACCGACAGGAAUCUGGGCGGGCGCACCAAUAUCUGUGUCAUACUACAUCUGGAAAUCAAUGAUCCCAACAGCACUUGGCAACAUUGUUGGUGGAGGCUUCUUCAUCGCAACCGCAUACUGGUACCUAUACCUCACUGGCGAAGUCGCCGUAUCGCUCUCGUUUGGGAACGAUCCGCUUGACACAGCCAUGGAAGUUGGAGGGCCAAUGCGAAGUGCGAGGGUGGACAAUGAACCGAGACAGGUGCUGGAAAGUAGAGAUACGAGCAGUGGCAAGACGUCUGGAGAUAGCGGUGCGGCAACGCCCGUAGCAGAUACCGUGAACGGCAAUGCGGAUGUGAAGAGUAUGGCGACGGGUGGUAGCGGGAGUGGCUUGCAAAGCGGACUGGGGCAGGAGCUGAGUGAUCACAGUCCAUAUGCUAAGACGUAUGCAGAGAGAACAAAGGUCGACAGCGAUGGUGAGAAGGUAUGA